AAAAAAGGGGUAUUGCUAAGAAAAUAAUACUAAUUCCUCCCUUUGUACAAAAUUCCCCUCAAAUGUCCAAUUCCCAGAAAAGGGAAGAAACACAGUGCAAGAAUCAUCAAUCCACUUAAUAAGAUAAAACCCUUAAACCCAAAUCGUCAAAAAUUUCGACAUGGAGUACCAGCAGCCCCACGGCUACAUGAGGCAUCCGCCACCGCCCCCGCCUCCGUCCGCGGCGGAUCCCUUUCAAAGACCACCACUCCCUCCGCCCCCGUCCAAUCAUCCGUGGCCCUACUCCGCUACGCAAUUUCACUACCAACACCAAACUCAACACUCCCCUUCCCCCCCUCCGCCGCAGUGGCCGCCCCACUCGUCUGACCAUGCUCAGUACCCUCAGCUUCCUCCCCCGCCUUAUCAGGCGCAUCAGCCUCCGCAUUACCAUGCCCACCCUCACUACCCGCCUCCGCCGCCGCUUCCGCCUAGACCGCCUCACGGCCCUCAGGCCUAUCCUCAGGAAUGGGGGAGUGGCAGUUGGAGUCAUCAUCAAAGCUGGCAAUACCCAACUGCAGCAAAUAACAACGAAGAAGAUUGGGCGGCUAGAGCUAAGGCAUGGGCUGCUGCUAAAUCUGCCUCCGACAAUCAACACACUCCAUCACAUUUUGUACCAGCUGGAAGAAUAGAAGAUCAAAAUCAUUUCCAUGAGCAAUAUCCUCAAUCCAUGGAUCCUCAAUUUCUUGAUGGUCAUGCGCCAGUAGCUCCAGCAUCAAACUAUCAUCAAUUCCCAGCUGCCAUGGGUUCAUCAAACAGGACAGGUGUAGGUCAGUUACAGGAUUCCCAAUACAUGAGCUCUGGGCAAUCAUCUUAUGGUGCAGAUGUGCAUGCACCAUUUGCUGCUAGAGAUGGAGGCAUAGCUGGAGAUUCAAUUCCACCAUUCCCGCCACAAGAGAAAUCAUCUAUAAGUCCAUUAGUCCAUCAGCAGGAGGUACCUUCUAGUUAUUCUUCUGUUGCAGGUAAUGUAGAGGCUGGGGAUCGAUAUGAAAAGCUCAAUAACUCUUCAUCUACUCCGGUUGCCUCUUUUCCACCGCAUCAUUUUCAUCAUAUGCAGUCUACAAUUGGCAGAUGGGUGGAGGAACCUCAUCAUGUACUUAGUAGCCAGCCAGCUGAGUCUGCAACUGACAUGAGCGAUCAACCACUGAAUUUUGCACCACAUUUCAAUCGUGAUCCUGAGACACAUGCCCAACCCAACUAUGCUCACUCUUCUAGCAUCUCUGUUAGAGGUGGUGAUCCUACUGUGGCUAUGUCUUCAAACUAUGCAUGGCCUCCCCCUACUGCACCUGGGGCUGCUUAUCCUCCACCACCUCCAACAAUGCCAUUAGGGUCACAGGUUGAUCAUCCAAUAGCUAUGCCUUCUCCAGUUUCUGGACAUACUGCUCCAAUAUUUCCUUCACGGCCUGGUUUCCAGCCUACUGUUCCAAUGGUAGGUGGUGCUUUUGGUGUUGGUGCAGGAGUAACACCUCAUCCGGCAACAUUUUCAGGAGAUGCUUUUGGUUCAGCUGACCGUCCUAAAAAGGCAUCCGUACCUAAUUGGCUUAGGGAAGAAAUCAUUAAGAACAAGGCUGUUAUCACAAGUUCAAGUUCUGCUCCGAAUUUUCCUAAGGAGGAUUCACAAUCCAUGGAGGACGAUGAUGACGAUAAGCCUUCCAGGAAGGGAGAUCAAUCAGAUAGCAAAAGCAACGAUUCAUCAACAGAAGAUGAAAAUGAGGAUGAAGUUGAAGUUGCUAGAACUGCAGCUAUUAACCAGGAGAUAAAGCGUCUUCUGACUGAAGUUCUUCUAAAGGUUACUGAUGAUCUGUUUGAUGAAAUAGCUACCAAAGUUCUGAAAGAAGAUGAUCUCUCAGUUGAAGUUAAUCGAGAUAGUGACUUGUCAAACCACCACAUAUUACCUUCUGCUCCGUCAGUUUCAACACCCAAGGCCUCUGCCAAGGUUCUGAUCCCAACCAAGGCCAAGGGAAGCGAUAAUGAGGAUGCUAGUGAAAAAUCUACUUCUGGGUCCGCUGGAGAUAUACUGGGGCUGGCUAAUUAUGCCUCAGAUGAGGAAGAUGAGAUACAGAAUCCAGGCAAACCAAAUUCAAAGGAAGGCUCUGUGCAACAGCACAUGCCUUCAAGCAAGCUUUUGGACGCUAAUCCUGUCAUUGAGAACGGUUGUUCCCUGGAACAAAGAAAUGUUCCAGUGAAAUUGGAUGCUAGUAGCAUUGACAGAAAAAGUCCGGCUAGUGUUUCUAAUUUCCUGUCAAAUUAUAAUAUGGCUGCUAAAGAGUUUGCAUCAGCUGAUGCUCAGCAUUCCUCUAAGAGAUUGUCUGGCAUUGUAGAAAAUGAGUACCAACAUGGUAUUGAUGAAAUACCAGAUGGAAAUUUUGAAGCCCAAAGGUGGAUGAAUAAUGAUUCCCGGAUCCAAAAUACCCAGAAUGGAUCUGAGAAAACUGAUGAGCUUGAAAACAAAAAGAGCUCAAUGAAGAAAGAGCACAAGGAUUCAGAAAGUUCUAAGGGUAGACAGGAAAAGAAGGGAGAAGAAGAGCAUAGAAGACACGAAGAAAGGCGUGCAAGAACUGAUAGGAAUGACUAUCAUGAUAAUUUCAAAGAUAAAGCGAAGGAGAAAGGUAAGACCGAUGAAAAAGCAAAGAACAAUGAAUCAAGGAUGCGACCCUCUCCUUCCGAUGACAAGGAAGGGACAACUGAGACAUACAAAGAUAAAAGAAAUAGUAAAAAAGAUAAUGAUGAGAGAAGGAAAGAGAGAACAGGGGAUGAGAGGAAAGAACGUUCCAGACAUAAAAGUGGUGCUGAAUCCAGUAGACAUAAACGGCGUCGGUCAUCUUCGGUCAGUGCUAGGGAUAGAGGGACCAAGGAUAACUCGGUGGUUAGUCGUGCAAAUGAGUCUAGUGAUGAGUCGUCAGAUGAUUCUAAAAGGAAAUCACAUCACUCGAGAAGACAUAAAUCUCCAUUGCCCUCCAGGACAAGAAAAAGGUACUUCUACCCAAAAGUUUGCUCCGUCCACUCUUCUUAUACAUUAUACCAUUUACUUGUACUUCCUGAUUUUUAUGUUGGGACAUAUUUUCAUCAUUUCAGAAUGUGCUUUAAUUUUGUUGUUAUUACCACAUAUUCUCAGCAUGUGACUUGAUUUAAUUUCUGAUUAACUGUAAACAUCUCUUGAUGCUUGAGUUCUAAUCUCUAGCUUAAAAAGAGAUUUUGGAUAUGUGAAGGCAUGAAGCUUUGUUCUAUCUUGAGAAACAGCUCCUCCUACAAACGGACAGAAUGCGGUUGCACUGUUAACUGGCAUUUGCAAUCAUAUCUUUUGUAACCCCUAACAGUACUAUUAUGCCGACAGUUCAAUUCUUUAAAGUCUGGAUGCAUGCAACUCUGAAAGAAAUUAGACGAGUAAAUAUUAUGUCCUAUUCUCACUGUCUUAGUAUGUAAUGUUUCCUUUUAGACAAGUUUCGCGGUCACCUCAUAGCAAGCAUUCUAAGCGCAGGCAUUCUCCCUACUCUUCUCUUGAGAGUACCAGGUACCAUCCUAGUCCAUUUUAGUUGUAUUCUGUAAAUAUUUAUGAGACUUGUCCAUCCAGCAUCUCAGCAGUCUGCAACUCAGGUGAAAAAUGUUGUUGGCAGCAGUGACAUUUACUCUUGCAUUAAUAUGAACAUAAUGAUAUCCAAUUUCAGGGGGAAAAGAUCGCCAUCACUGUCGCCUUCAAGAUCCAGAUCUCGAUCGCCUGUGCACCGUCGACGAUAGUAGGAUUGAAACUGGGUGAAGCCAACUUAUCUCCAUGCCAAGCCAUAUAUCCUGCUACCGUGGAUGAUGAUAUGAAGUGACGCAUAAGAACGACGUGGAGAAGCAAACAUAUCAUCAGCUUGGGACCUUUGAUUGGGUGGAAUUAGUAUUUUGCAAGAGUCACGAUACGUCCUCAGGGGUUGCUACUGGCUAGGUGGAGAUGAUGAGCUGAUGCUGUAAAGCUACCAUUCGGCAUUUUCUGGACAUAAUUGCAUAUUUCUAAUGGUGUUAUGGUACGAUUACCUGUUGUCUAGUAUCAAGCCCAUCUACCUAUAAUUGGGUUACAUGGUAGUCUUGAUUUUGUUGGUUGAUGUUCAUCAGCUCGACUACACAGCUUCCAAGUUCAUGUUCAUGAUUUUGAUGCAGGUUCUACUUUCUUCAGCUGUAGUCCUAAAAUGUAAUCAAAUUUCCUAUGUAUUCUUCACUUUGUACGUAGAAGAAUUUCACUAGUUCUUAUUGAUUAA